AUGGAUGGCCCUCGGUCUAGUGGCCUCCGCAAGAAGAGGAAGUCAAGGUCAGAGCGGGGUCUGGGCCGGAGACCACACGGGAUAAGGAGCAACCAUAUUAAGGGUUCAGUCUUUCCCUUCUCCUCCGACUCGGAGCGGGAGGGCGAGCGGAAGCCCUCCUCAUCCCGCCCUCGACCCCCGCGAAGAAAGCGUAAGGAGUCUACUUCGGAUGAAGAGGACAUCAUCGAUGGCUUCUCCAUUACCGGGUUCGUGACCCUGGAGGCGCUGGAGAAAACACUGAAGCCUGAGGAGUGUAGUGACACCCAGGCAGGGCCCCUGCAUAAGAAAAAGCCUGCCAGGGUCCCCAACGGCCGGAGCCUGGAGACCUGCAAGAGCAAUCGCCAUCACCACAAGCUUUCAGACCAGGAGAACAACCCCCGCCUGGCACACACACAAGGCAAGAGGAAGAAGAAACACCUGAACAAGAAGCACAGGCCUCUGAAGCCGGGGCCGAACAACUGUAAAGGCAGCGACAGUGAGAGUGUGAGCGGAGAAUCCAAGCCUUCGUUCAGGAGCAGCUCCAGAGACAGGCUGACGGAUGGUGACACAGAGAGUGACCAGGACGACAAGGUCUCCAAUGCCGGCUCCGAGAAGUUUUUCAGCACAGCCGCAGUUAAAGUUCCAGAUUUUGGCGUUGAUGUGCUCUCCACCAAUGGCAGCCAGGAGCCUAACGGCCCCGGCCUCCUCCAGGUGUCAGGCCUAGAGCGCAGUCAAGAGCGGAGCCAGGAGAACUGCAGGGACCCCCCCCCACCCCCUGCAGCCAGCACCCCCAAUCAGCCUCUGCCCCCCCAAGACACCCCCCUGACUCAGCCCCAGCCCUCCACCCCCCUGCCCCUGUCCCCCCACUGGAGCCGGGCGAAAAGCCCACCCCAGGCCCCGGCCGCAGCCCCCCCGCCCCCACGCUCAGAGGCUCUUCCCAGGCCUCGGACGCCCGCAGCCCUGCCUCUCGCCCAGGGCCAAGAGCCCUCGCUGCCCCCCCCUCCCCGGCCCCAGCACCAGCCUGAACUGCUGUCUCACCCCCGGCCAUCACCAACGCCCAGCCUUCACCCACAUCCACCAUCGCCUGCCCUCCCAUCUCACCACCCUCACCAGCAGCACCCCAGUCAGGCCGGGCCCCACCGCCCCCCCUCCCGCUGCCACUCCCGCCCCCUGUCUGUCUACAACGGCCCCAACCUCAACGGUCACAGCAGCAGCAGAAGCAGCACCCCAGGCUCCAAGCCCCACGGGCCCCCUGGUCCCUCCUUCCACCUCCCCCACCACCCGCCCCCUCCCGCGGCAGCGGCAGCCUCUUCCUUUCCCCUGCCCUUGGCUGCCAACCAGAGCACCCCCCACGGCUUCCCCCCUGCCUUGCAGUCCUCGCCACACCCACACCACCCCAAUAUGUUCGCUCCUCCAGCAGCCUUACCUCCACCACCACCAUUGACGUCUAGCAGCCAGCCAGCACCUGGACAUCCUGCAGCUGGGAGCGCCUAUUCAGAGCAAGAACUUCUGCGCCAGGAGCUCAACACCCGUUUCCUGGCCUCCCAAAACUCCGACCGCGGCGCCUCGCUGGGCCCCCCCCCCUACCUGCGCACCGAGUUCCACCAGCACCAGCAUCAGCACCAGCAUCAGCACCAACACACCCACCAGCACACCCACCAGCACACCUUCACGCCCUUCCCCCACGCCAUCAUGCCCACCCCAGCACCGCCCAUGGUGCGUACCCCUACCAGAAAUUUUGACAAAUACCCAACGAAAGUCGACCCCUUCUACAGACACAGCCUCUUUCACUCAUACCCACCGGCCAUGUCUGGCCUCCCCCCCGUCAUCCCUCCGACCGGGCCCUUCGGCUCGCUGCAGGGCGCCUUUCAGCCCAAGACCUCUAAUCCACUGGAUGUGUCCACAAGACCAGGAGCCGUCCCACACACAUUCUUACAGAAGGACCCCAGGCUAACGGAUCCAUUUCGGCCCAUCCACAGGAAACCAGGGAAGUGGUGCGCCAUGCAUGUCCACACUGCCUGGCAGAUAUACCACCACCAGCAGAAAGUGAAGCAGCAGAUGCAGGUCGACCCUCACAAGCUUGACUUUGGCCUCAAACAUGAGUUCCUGAGUCGACCUCCAGGCCCAGGCCUGUUCGGCGCCAUCCAUCACCCCAACGACCUGGCACGCCCAGCGACGCUUUUCUCCGCUGCAGGUCCCAACCACCCAUCUGCAGGUCCCUUCGGCCAUCCAGCCCACCAUCCUGGAAACUUCCUCGCCCCAGCAUCUCACUUAGAACCUUUCCCCAGACCACCAUCCUUUGGAGGACUGGGAACUCUCAGUUCAUCUGCUUUCGGAGGACUGGGAAAUCCAGCAUUAACGGCCAACUCGGUGUUCGGCCAUAAAGACGGCCCCAACGCACAGCAGCACUUCAACAGCAGCAGUAACAGUAGCCACCAGGAGCCGUGGAACCGUCUCCACCGUACCCCACCCUCCUUCCCAACACCGCCACCCUGGCUGAAACCCGGAGACUCGGAGAGGAGCGCCUCAGUCAGCUCCCACGAGAGAGACCGAGACUCUGACAAGAGAGACUCGGUCAGUAAGGACGACAAGGACAGGGACUCUGUAGAGAAGCGUCAGCUGAGCCAUCCAUCACCGGUCCCUGUCAACUCCAUUAACCUCCUUGGCCACAAUCGGCCUCCUGAGCACCACAGGAACCAUCUGCCCCCUUCUUCUGGAGAACCUCAGAGGGAAAAAGAGAACAAGGCAAAAGACAGGGAGAGGGACCACUCAGAGCCCUGGAAAGACAAUGGCACUGAUGACCACAAGCUCAAAGACAGCCAGCACAGUGACAAGGACACACCUGUCAUCCUUGACAGCCGAGGUUCAGAGGACAAAGUGCCCAGCAGGGGGACACCGUCACCCUACAUCCGGCAGACCAGCCUAGAACGUCCCAACAGCGUCCUGAGCAGAGAGGUCCUCGAGAAGAAGAUAGAGCUGCCGUAUGAGCACCAGAAGAAAAACAUUGAAGUGAAAGUGAAGGAGGAGAGGAAGGAGGAACAGGAUGGAGCUACAGAGAGGCCAAGUGAGCACCCGGUACAGGCACCCAACACACAAAACCUCCACCCCCCCUCCUCCAUGCCCAUGCCCAUGCACAUGGGCAUGGCUGGUGUCCAUCCCAUGAACAGCAUCAGCAGUCUGGACAGAACUCGAAUGGUGGCACCCUUCAUGGGUAUUAGUCCCAUCCCAGGGGCAGACAGGUUCCCCUACCCUGCCUUCCACUGGGACCCAAUGCGGGACCCCUACAGGGGCCUGGACAUUCACAGACGGGACCCUUUGGCCAGAGAACUGCUGCUAAGAAACGACCCUCUGCACCGCCUAGCAGGGCCACGUCUCUACGAGGCCGAGCGCUCCUACAGGGACCGUGAGCCCCACGACUUUAAUCGUGAGCACAUCCACCCUCUGGCCCUGGAGCAGAGGAGGGAGCAUGAGCGCGCACAUCUGGAGGAGCGCGAGCGCCUCAACAUGCUCAGAGAGGACUACGAGCAUGGUCGCCUCCACCACGCAAUGCACCAUCCUGCCCUCGAGGGUCACCUCCCCCACCCGGCCCAUGGCCUCAUGGCCCCUGGACUUCCAGGCAUGCACUUCUCCAGAGUCAGCCCCUCAGCUGCAGCAGCAGCAGCAGCGACCGCCCAUCACAAUGGUAUCCUCAACAAAACACCACCCACGGCCUCGCUGAGUGCCCCGCCCCCACUCAUCCCCACAUUGGGUGCCAGGCCUGGCUCACCCAGACGGACUACUCCCCUGGCCAUAGAUAUCAGAGACAGGCCACCUCACAAAGACAUUGAGGCUCGGUGA